AGGGUAAUCCGGGGAUGGUGUCCCGGGAAUGGUGUCCCGCCUGCGCCUGUCCCGGAGCCCGCGCCACGGCCCAGACCCGCCCGGCGGUGCGUAGCUUGGCGGCGGCGGGGCCUCUCUGCCCGCCCCGGCAGCCGGAGAUCACAAUGGCCCAAAGGUUGUUUAGAUCACAUUUGCUCUUCUGCUUUCUGGCUGCAUUCUUCAUCUCUGCCCUUGCUGAGGAACACGUAGGAGAGAGUCAACAUGCAAAUAUUCGCCUCGAUAAGAAUUUGGUACAAGAUAAAGAGCACAUCAUGGAACACUUGGAAGGUGUCAUUGAGAAACCAGAAACUGAGAUGUCUCCACAAGAGUUGCAGCUCCAUUACUUCAAAAUGCAUGAUUAUGAUGGCAAUAAUUUGUUAGAUGGGUUAGAGCUUGCUACUGCUAUAUCACAUGUCCACAAGGAGGAAGGUGGUGAGCAUACCCAAGCAAUGAAAGAAGAAGAGCUGAUUAAUCUAAUAGAUGAUGUCUUAAGAGAUGAUGAUAAGAACAAUGACGGAUACAUCGACUAUGCAGAAUUUGCAAAAUCACUGGAAUAAGGUUUUGCAGGGUGUUUCUCCUUCUAACCACAUAGAAAUGUGAACCAGUAUAAUGUGAUUCUUUACUGUCUCAUAUCAACCUCUGUGCUGUGAGAAGGAGAGGUGUACCACUUCCAGCUGAAUUUAUUUAAAAGUUGUAUUUGUUAAGAGACUGGUUAACUUGGAGUGAGAGCCAUGUUUGACUAAACAUAGCUACACAUUUCAAUCAUGAAGCAUGGAAGUGUCAACAGUACUCACAUAGGGUACAGCUGGCAAACUCCUAAGUAGCUCUAUAUGAAUACUAAAUAGAAUCAUUAGCAUCUAAAUUUCAAGUUUUCAGUCAUUGGGUUAUAUAGUACUUAUUUGCUUACAUCAUCUUCAAUUUAAAAUUAUAAAAUAUCCAGAAAGCAAGAAAUGAGUACUGCAUAUAGUUGUAGUCCAAGGAUAAAUGUCCUUACCUUCCUUCUAAUUUACAAGGAAAUUUGCAGAUGAGUACAGGUGCUUGAAACAGCAAUUGUAGGGGAAAAGCAUUUGAGUCUGUGUUACGUUUGAGUUCCAAAUGAUACCAUAUGAAUUUAAACACAGUCUUUGAAGAAAUUAUGUAUUUUUAAAUAUAUGUACUUCCUAGCAUACCCUUACAUAUAAAUAUAUAUACACGUGUUUUUCAAAGUCUCGUCCUCCACAGAUUUACUUUUUGUAUCUUAAUUUACUGAUUUUUUUUUUCAUCAACCUUCCAUGUUUUCUUAAGAAAAUGAAAGUAUUUUUAUUAUAUUUAUAUGUUUUAUCCCAUCCUUCAGGGGUGUUUUGAAGGUCACAUUAACAGUAAACCAGUUGAAUACUAAAGCUUUUGUUCAAUUUGGGUUUUACAGUAUUAGCCAGCAGAAUAAUCUAAGUAUGCAAGUAACGCUGCCUUGUUAAGGUUUAAGUCCAUAUUCCUUGGCAUUUAAAUUAUGGUAUUACUUUCAGCAGGUAUUUCAUAACUUAACAGUUUCAAGAUACUUGAGUGUUUGCAAAUUAUCAUGGCUCUAGGAACAUUUUUACUGUCUUGACUCUAUUUGGUAAGUCAAGCAGUUUAGGGAUAUUAGAGCAGUGAUGUAUUGCUGUGUUAUUGAUGUUUGGUGACUCUGAAACAUAACUGAAAUCUUAAAUUGCAUUCAAUCAUUAUUCAUUAAUAAAGAAUCUAAAUGUUAGCCUAUUUCUGUAAAAUGUAUAAAGAGCUAUUUUCUAUACAAAAUUAUUCUUAUACAAGAGAAACAUGUUUGUAAAAGAAAUUAUUUCCUCUGUUUAAAUGUUUAUGCAAUGAA